AUGGGUCUGUUUAAUUUUAAGUUUAAGUAUACAAGAGCACAGCUGGAGAUCUUUAGAUUUUCCUUUUGUUUGCUAGCACCUGUUGCUGUAAUGUACUACAUUGGUACGGAUACUGAUAAAAAAUUAAAUGUUCCAGGGUUCUGGCCAGAUCCUGCAACGUUGAACCAAAUACCAAAAGAGCCUUAUGAGAUUAAAGCUGAACUAGCAAGGAUGAAAAAAGAACGUUUAGAGAAAAGGCUUAGGUUAGAGAAAAAAAUACAAGAGGAGUUUGGCUUAGACCUUGAAGAGGAAAAGGAAAAAAUUAAACGGGAUUUAGCUCUCAAAAAAGGAUGA